AUGAGCAAGACCAACAACCAUGAACAACUCCACGGCAACAUGCCCCUGCCUCAGUCUAAGCUCACUGAGAUUAUCGACAGUGCCGCUUCAUCUGUAGUGGCCACAGAGGGAUACAGCCACAACGACACGUCCAAGUGGAACAGCCAGAUCAUCGCCAAGAUCCUCGACGCACUCAAGGAUGAGUCCAAGGGAUACAAGUUUCUGGUUCACAGCACGCUAGUGGAGGUGACAGAUCACAGACCAGGCAUCAAGUCUAGCACUGGCGGUUUCUGGAACACAGAAAAGGACGGAGUUUGGAACUACAAGUGGUCCAAUGAUAAGGUCGAUGUGCUGGUUUCUAUUGCUUGGAUCCACUCUUCCGUAUAA